UGUAAUGCAAACAGCGUCGCUGGCCAGGACAGAGCAGGACUCCGCGCGGGGGUGGAGCGCGCGCCGGGCUAUAUGAGCGCGCGCCGUGAAAUUCUACAGCAGUCUACACAGCUCUCGCAUUAGAUCAUUCACCAUAAACCACCUCCAGCGAUGCUUAGCAAUCAGUUAUACAGGGACACAUCUCUCUAACACCCCCCCCUUCACCAAACCCGUGAGCGGCCAUUCGGUACAUCAGGACAUGAACUCCUCAGAGUGGCCAACACUUUCUCCAAACUUGUCUUUGAGUCCAACAAACUACAGCGAUGAAUCAAGCAGGUCCAAGUCGAGUGCUCCAGCCGCCUGUGAGCAGGUACACAUUGCGCCUGAGGUCUUCCUUACGCUGGGCCUCAUCAGCUUGCUUGAAAACAUCCUGGUUAUCCUUGCCAUCGUGAAAAACAAGAACCUCCACUCGCCCAUGUACUUCUUCGUCUGCAGUCUAGCAGUAGCCGACAUGCUAGUGAGCGUGUCCAAUGCAUGGGAAACAAUAGUCAUCCACCUGCUGGCGAACAGGAGCUUGGUGAUUGAGGAUCACUUCAUCCGUCAGAUGGAUAACGUCUUCGACUCUCUCAUCUGUAUCUCCGUGGUGGCGUCUAUGUGGAGCCUGUUAGCGAUUGCAGUGGAUCGCUAUGUGACGAUAUUUUAUGCUCUGCGUUAUCAUAAUAUAAUGACCGUACGGCGGGCUGGGAUUCUUAUUGGCAGCAUCUGGGUCUUCUCCACAGGUUGCGGGAUCAUCUUCAUCAUCUACUCUGACACGAAGCCUGUGGUGGUGUGCUUGGUGGCCAUGUUCUUUGCCAUGCUGCUGCUGAUGGCCUCGCUCUACAGCCACAUGUUCCUGCUGGCUCGUUCGCAUGUCAAACGCAUGGCGGCGUUGCCGGGCUACAACGCCAACAUCAGGCAGAGAGCUAGCAUGAAGGGUGCCGUCACCCUCACCAUGCUACUGGGCAUCUUCAUCGUUUGCUGGGCGCCGUUUUUUCUCCAUCUCAUCCUCAUGAUCUCCUGCCCACGGAACAUUUACUGCAUCUGCUUCAUGUCACACUUCAACAUGUACUUGAUACUCAUCAUGUGUAACUCUGUGAUUGACCCACUGAUCUAUGCGCUCAGGAGCCAAGAGAUGAGAAAGACCUUUAAAGAGAUCUUCUGCUGUGAUGGACUGCGCAGCCUCUGGAACCUGGUCAGCAAAUAUUGAAUAGGAUUCCUGGAAGAACCUGUAGGGACGGACUGAUGGAUGAAUGUAGAUGGAUGGAUCGGUGCAUAACUGCAGCGCAGGAGGGGUUGGAGGUAAAGAGCCUGAACCUCUUCAUUAGGGACAAUAUAUAUUAUUUUCCAUGUACCUCAUCAUGUAAAAUGUUUGUAAUGUCGGAUGUUUCAUUUUGUGUUGCUGUAAAAUACUGAGGUGUUCAUAAUGUGACUUUUUGUUAUGUGUACAUGUGUAUUUAUUAUAAGAAUUACAUCUUCUUUAAAAGGGGACAGUUGUCAGGUCAAUGCAUUGUGUCAAAAACAGCUUUAAUAUUAAUAUGUGGGAAAGAAAUGUGUUCAUUUUUUUUAUGAGAGGACAGAAACACAACCAUAUGCAGAAAUAACAAACAAAAACAUAAUCAUGACAACAUAAUAAGGGUAUGCAGAAUAGAAACAAUAUAUAAACAUAUAAACUGUUGUGAAUAAUAUUGUAGAACAUCUAGGAAACCAUAAAAGUCUUACAAUAUCAGUAUGCAUGUUAAAAUAUUUGUUUACUGUAAUGAAAUUUAAUAUUUCAUUGUUAUGUAAGCAAAUUAUUAUUUGACAUCAUUGCAGGUUAAAAGAUUCCAUUUAUAACCGUGUGUCAUGCAAAUGUGCAACGAAUGUAAUAUAUGCAUGUACCUGUAAAUGGUUGAUUCUUCUGAUUUUGCCUUUUUUUAAUGCAAUUAAAAACCAACUGGUAAUUCUUCU